AGCACAGUCGGCAGGCAGGCACUUUAUUCUGAACGAAAUGGGAUUAUAAUUAUAGAUUAUAGAAUAAUUAUAGUUGUGUGUUCAUUUGGUUCUUUUGGAAGGACUGACCAAAACGCUGAGGCAGACUGGUUAGAAUAAUGAGAAAACUAGCGCCCAUCCUGCGAUGGACUCUGUUCGUGCUAGUGGCCAUCAGCUUCAUCUGGUGUCUGACUCUGUCAUUUUUCAUCCUGGGUGCUGCUGACAAGGAUGGCAUCAGUUUGACCCAUCAGAGCAGAGUGCAAAGAAAAGCGUGGGGGGAAAGCAGCAGGGCUGAAGACAUAAUGAAGAGAAUUGUCAAGUUCGUCGAUGACCUCCUGAACAUUGUGGGACCCCCUGGCGACCUCUCCCCCCCGCCUCCUUUGAAGGACUACAAGGAAGAGUUCAGAGUGCUCCAGAUUCAAAUGGAGGCAGAGAAAGACAAAGAAAAACUGAGGGAGAAGAUGGUUGAGGAGCUGCGAUCUGAUAAGGUGCAACUGCAGCAGCAAGUGGCUCACCUGGAGGAACUCCUGAGGCUGCAGACGAUGAAGGAACUUGCCAGGGACGGUGGUCAAAACAGCGAGGAUAAAAACUGUCCACUGCCUCUCAUGGAUGGAUACCCAAACUGUGUGGAUAAAUUAAAGUGGAUGAAGGAGAUGUGGAGGUCUGACCCUUGCUACGGCCGUUAUGGGGUGAACGGGUCCCUGUGCUCCUUCCUGAUCUACCUCAGUGAGAUGGAGAACUGGUGUCCUCUGCUUCCAGGCCGAGCGAUCCCCCCAGGUGUAACAGCUAGCUCAGCGGUGGGGUCUGACACUGCCGUAGUCCGGAACAACUUUACUGGUCUGUAUCCAUCCCUGGAAAACAGAGAGCAGUUCAAAUGGGUUCACCAAAGAAUCCACAGUAUGGAACAGAUUUGGGUCGACGCCGGGCGCUCUCUUUCAGCCAAAUACAACCUCGCAGAGCGGAAAGCCAAACAGAUCCUGGUGCAUCCUGGGGCUCUGACAGUUGAAUCUGGGUUUAAAAUAGCAGAUUCUGCCUUCAGUGGUGGACCCCUCGGGGAGCUCGUCCAGUGGAGUGACCUCAUCGCCACACUUUACAUUCUGGGUCACGAUCUUCACCUUUCUGCUUCAAUACCCGACCUCAAGGUUUCUCUAGGGAUCAUGAGAACAAGCUGCCCACCUCAUUCUGUAGUGACACCAAGCCUGAUUUACACAGACAUUGUCGGCCUUCGACAGAUACAGGCAGCACUACAGACAGACUGGGUUAAAUACAAGUGUAUGAUUCGCGUGUUGGACUCUUUUGGCACUGAGCCGGACUUCAAUCACGCAGCCUGGGCCCAGCAGCACAACCUGACAAGUUAUUUUGGCGGCCUGAACCUGAUCCCAAUGCAGUUCAACACCAUGUUUCCUCAUACACCAGACAACACAUUCCUGGGAUUCGUGGUGCAGCACCAGCUGAGCUCUGAAGAACGUCAGCAGCUCGAGUCCACCAAAAGACAAAACCAGGCGCUUGUGUAUGGGAAGCGUGCCACUUUUUGGAAGGAUAAAGAGGCUUAUCUGGACGUCAUCCAUCGAUACUUAGAGAUCCAUGGGACGGUUGAUAAAAGCGCUUCAAUCCCAGCCUAUGUGAAGAACCACGGCAUUGUCAAAGGCAGUGAGGUACAGGUCCUGCUGAGACAGAGCAAGGUUUUUGUGGGACUGUCUUUCCCUUAUGAAGGCCCUGCUGCACUGGAGGCCAUAGCCAAUGGCUGUGCUUUCCUGAACCCCAGGUUAGACCCUCCGCACAGUCGACUGAACACAAAGUUCUUCGAGGAAAAGCCCACCAUCAGAGAGGUGUCAUCACAGAAUCCUUACGCCGAGGCGAUAGGAGAGCCCUACGUAUGGACGGUAGAUAUGCAAAACUCCACGGAUGUGGAAAGAGCUCUCUCUGUUAUCCUCAAUCAGACAAUUGAGCCCUACCUUCCCUACGAGUUCACCUGUGAAGGGAUGCUCCAGAGGGUCAACACCCUGACUGAAAAACAGGACUUUUGCAACAACACAGAGACUUGGCCCCCACUGAGCGCGCUCCAGGUCGUGAAGGCAGAGGUCAACACUUCCUGUAAACAGGCCUGCCAGGAGAAGGGGCUCAUCUGUGAACCUGCGUUCUUCCCACAUCUGAACAGCGUCGACAAUCUCGCCAAUUACAGUGUAUAUUGUCGGUCAUCAGAGCUGUCUGACAGUCGUCUGGUGUUUCCAGCCUACAGCAGUAGUGAACACUGUGUGUUCCAGUCUGAUCCCCUGCUCUUCAGCUGCGUCAGAUCAGAAGAGUCUUUGAUUCGCAUCUGCCCCUGUAGAGACUACAUAAAGGACCAAAUAGCCUUAUGCAAGGCGUGUAUAUAACAUCCAGGCAACAUUUCAUUUCUCUUGUGAAACCUGAAAAGAAAAAAAGCAAGAAAAUGGAUUCCCAUCUUCCAGCCAUCUCCUUGAGGCCUUGCCAGAGCAGCGAGAGUGCAAGCCGACUAUGAUGAUGAUGCAAAAGUGUGAAAUUGAGUGAGGGCAGGUGGGAGAACAUCCUGAAGAGAGAAAAGGUUUUUAUUAUAAUAAUGUGUCAGUAUUUAUUUGUCUUUACGGUACACUGAAGUCACAGAGUUACCCAUGCAGUACUCUAUAGAUUCAUGCCAUAGAUUCACAAGUGGUGAAAGUACACUGGUAGCAAAGGUGAAAAGUAAACCGUUGUCGUGCGGAUAAACCAUUUGUGUCUUCCACACUGUAGCUGACUGAUGCUUAUUCCUGGUGAUGAUAACAGCGGCAUGAAGAGUAGUUACCAGGAAGGUUAAAGGAAUAGGCAAAGUGCUUGAUGAUGAAAAGACUAAUCCCAUUCUCAUGCAAAACUAAUGCCAGUAAGUAAUUAGCUUAACUUAGCCAACCGAGUGGAAACCGGAAACAAGCUCACACUUUUAUGUAACAUUUCAAGCCGUGUGCAAAAAACAAACAUGUUAUUUAUAUUUGAUUUUAUUUCAUUUAUGUAUUUAUAAUCGUCUGUUCUUUUGUAUAUAUUUUUGAAACCCCUCCUAUUUUAUUAUUCCCACCUUGGAAAUUAGGCUCAUAAACAUCAGUCAUUCAUCAUCAUUAAUGAAAGAAAGAAAGAGACAUUAGGCCAAAUCACGCACAGCAGGCGUAGUGAGACAGAGAAAAGACCUAUUAGAAGAAUAUAAUUAUAAUAUUAAGAAGUGAGGUUCAGUUCAGCUUCACACAGAGAUGGCUGAUGGAAAUGUCCUUCAGAUGGAUACUUCUCACUUUCAUACAUUGAGUACAUCUCAGAGCCUGUGCGUUAUUACUUUCACCCGAGUAAAGAACUUGAAUCAGUGUUUCUACUUUUACCAGAGUCUUUUUUUAAUAUAGUAUCUUUACUCUUUACAAAGAAUGUGUGAACUUUUUAUUAUCUCCCUUAUAGACGCAGCAGCUGAUAGUUCAGGUCAACAGAAAUUAUACAGCUGGACAAAUCUGACACCUUAUUAAUUAUUUGGGAUAAAUAGACAUUGAUGUAGUGUAGGUGGGACUGAUGCUCGUAUGUACACAUCCUACAUGAUACACACAGUCUGCCUCCGUGACAGUCGUGAGGUUAAAAAGUAAAGAAGAAAAGACCACGUCUGACCGUUACUGAUGAAUAAGCAGGAUAAAACUUUAUUAAUCAAUAAAACUUUGCUCUUUGACAAAGAGCUACCUCAUAAUUCUUUUACAUAAAUAAACGUAUUUUUACAUCAUCUGUAAUACCACUGAUGUCAUUACUGUACAAACAGACAAAUAAUAGUUCUGUUACAUAGUCAGAGUUUUUGGAAAUUCAAUUACAUCUUUACAUGUGUGUGUGUGUUUGUGUGUGUGUCUUUGCGUGUGGCUGCAAUGCAUGUGUAACCACUAAAGCUAUAAGGGUUUUUUUACAAGCCCAUGCAAAGCCUAUAGCAACUGAGAAGUGGUUAAUAUUGCUAUUACAAUUUUGGGAAAUGAAGAAAAAAAAA